UUAGAGUAUAUUAUUGGUAAUUUAGUGUCAGGUAGGCAUUUGAUGGGAUGCUUUCGGCACGUGCCCUUAUUUGAUGCUUGACCUGCGUCCUCGCGUCUCAAAGCACGUUGUGAGCUGUUGGAGGGCUUGACCGCACGUGCGCUCUAUUGGUAUCAUGGACAAUCCGCGGCCGUUCCACUUUCCAUCUCCUUUUCCACCGGGCUUAAUUCCUGCCUUUUCAAGCCCGGUAGGAUUGGAUCGGUUCCGCUUCCCGACCCCUCUCAUGCCACCACCAGCUAUGAGCCUGAGUUCCCCAAUCACCUCUCCCCCGGGCCUCGCCAUGGCCGGCCAUCCCCCAACGACACCCGCAGCCCCCUACCCGCUACCGGCCAUACCCCAGGGGUUGCACGAGCCACGGUUCCCGCUGUCCAAUCCAGCUCCGUUUGGCGGGGCAAUGUUUUCCCAAGAAGACUUGGACAUGAUUUUGUACGGUUAUGCUCGCAACAAGAUAAACGACCACCUUCCCGGGCACGCCCUCUCCGGCUUGCGGAUAUCAGAUAUAAGUCACGGUAUUGACCGCAUUUUGUCCGCUGGUCAGACGUCGCAGAGUGGACAAGGAUAUGGUACCACGGCGCUGAAAUCGCCGUCGAUAAGCAGCCCCAUAGAUCCGAGCACGCUUGAUCUACCUGACGGCAUUGCCAUAUUUCAAACCAGUUUCGCGGGAACGGUGCACUAUGGCGUGUUCUGCCAAAAGACAGUCAUUGCCAAGGGAACCCGCUAUGGGCCAUUUCAAGGAAAAAUCGUCAACACCAGUGAAAUUAAGUCUCAUGACGAUAACAGCUUUAUGUGGGAGAUUUUUCAAGAAGGAAAACUGAACUACUUCGUAGAUGGUCGAGGCAGCGCGGGGAAUUGGAUGGCGUAUGUGAAUUGUGCCCGCUAUGCACAAGAACAGAACCUUAUUGCCAUUCAAAAUGAUAAGGAGAUAUUUUAUGAGGCUUGUAAGGACAUCCCACAAGGCACUGAGCUGCUCGUCUGGUACGGGGACUGCUAUUUGCAGUUCAUGGGGAUACCAGUCGCUCUGAAAGAAAUGGCCGACGGGACUCACAGCGAAGAAUUAGAAAAUUGCGAGGGUUACACUUGUGAACGAUGCGGAAAAGUGUUUGCUUACAAGUAUUACAGGGACAAGCAUCUCAAAUAUACACGAUGUGUUGAUAUGGGAGACAGAAAGUUCCCUUGUAAUCUAUGCAACAGGUCAUUUGAAAAACGGGAUCGUCUACGCAUUCACAUUUUACACGUACAUGAGAAGCAUCGUCCACACAAGUGUACCGUAUGCGGCAAGAGCUUUAGUCAGUCCUCCAGUCUGAACAAGCACAUGAGGGUACACAGCGGAGAGCGUCCGUAUAAAUGUGUGUAUUGCAACAAAGCUUUCACUGCCUCCAGUAUUUUACGGACCCAUAUAAGACAGCAUUCGGGGGAGAAACCAUUCAAGUGUAAACAUUGUGGCAAGGCGUUCGCCUCUCACGCAGCCCAUGACAGUCACGUUCGCAGAACUCACGCCAAGGAGAAACCGUGUUCAUGCCCAGUAUGUGGGAAGACAUUUUCGCAAGCGUAUGAGCUCAAGUUCCACAUGAACGUCCACCCUGGUGAAUCCACUUCACGUGGUUCAACACCGAAAGGGUGUGGCGACGGUUUCUCAAUCCCAUUGUUUCAAAAAUGGACUCCACCAGAUGGCGCUGAUCCAGAGAGGCGGAACAAAAGUUUUGAUUCAGACGACUCUUUGGAAGUGCACGUGCGCAGUAGAGCAGCCUUUACUGCGUCGAGUCCAGACGACAUCGACGUCGUUUCUUAGACUCAUGAGUGCGGACUGUAUAUCUUUCCAUCAUGAGUGAACUUGCUCACCUAGCGUUCGUCUGCGACAAAACAGUGCUUCUAUGAGUUAUAGCAAAAUGCCUUUUGCUAUUUUACACAGACUAUAAAAAAGACCUGAUUUGUCACUGCACAAUUUCUCUACUUGAAAGAUGCUUUUUCAUUAUUACAUUAUACUUUGCCACUCUUUUUUACAUUCCAAAUCAUAAUCUUUUUAAGUGAGAAGUCCAGUCACUCAGGACGUGUAUCAUUAUGUGCCAAACCAACUAUCACAAGGCGUGCUUUCGCUUGUCAUUUUGAAAUUUUUUGAUAAUCAGUACACUGCACACCACACAUAAAAGUAAUUGUAUAUAGCUCUGUACAUAAACAAUUACAUAUAUCAGUAUGUAUGACAACAUCAUGAGAGUACA